AUGGCGACCGUGUCGGGAGAGAACCGGUUCUCUCAAAUUACCCCGGAUGACCAUGCUGGGUCCGUCUGGAUUGCGGCGCUUUUAUGUCUGGUCUAUUCGGUCCUCACGCUGUUCCUGAGAGGUCAUUUGCGAAAGAAGAUGUACGGGCCGGAUGACUAUCUCGCUCUUGUGGCGACGCUGCUCCAGGUCGGAGAGGUCAUCGCUGUCAUUGUUGGCCUCCAGCACGGACUGGGCAGGACCCAAGACCUUAUCCUAGCCAGUGAGCUAAAACAGGCGAGUCGAGCGGCUCUCACGGGCUUUAUAUUCUUCAUCCUGGCCGCCGCGGCAGCGAAAGCCUCAACUCUGUGUUUGAUGAUGAGAUUGUUCAAUCUCACCGGACCAAGAUCGCAAAAUGAACCCAGAUCGCGAGUUCUCUACUGGACCAGCGUCGGCUUUCUCGGCGGAAUCGGUCUCUGGGGGUUAAUGUCCAUCGUCGCGCUUUCGGCAGAUUGCCAUGCUGCAACUUUUAUUAGAGGAGAUCAGGGCAGAUGUUCACGCCAGUUCUUGCGCUGGCAGCUGAUCACUGCUUUCGAUGUCGCUACCGAGUGUGUCUUGGUCUUGCUCUCCAUCUUCAUUGUCUGGCCGGUCCAGAUGGCGUUUUAUAUGAAGUCGCAGGUUGUCCUGGCAUUUGCGUUCCGUUUACCGGUCGCGGCCUUGUCGAUUGUCCAUCUCAAGUUCAUUUCGGAGUAUGCAGGAUCGUCUAACCCUGGUGUUGCGAUGGCAACCGUGUUGGUCAUCCAGCAAGUUCAGCUGUGCUGGACCCUGAUCGCAGCCACGGUUCCUAAUCUCAAAUCAUUUGUCAAGAGCUUCAGCAGCGGAUUCGGUAUUCAGCUCGAUCCGGACAGUACCCGGGCAUACAGUUCUGGACGUUAUGCUGGCAGCAAUCAGUACGAAAUGGGUUCUGUGAAUGCCAACGCUGGCUCCAAGUCAAGGUCAGCUAACCGAUCAUACAACGAUGUCGAAACCCAGACGCACAUGCCUCACCAAGAACCUGACGACAGCACCGAUAGCAAACCGACCACCAGAGAUCAGGCAUCGAUCGACAGUGCCGGUAGUCAGGAUCACAUCAUCCGCAAGGAUGUACAGUGGAACAUACAUUACGAGACCGACGCCAAUGGUGCCCAAAUUUGA